CUCAACCAGAAAGUUUGAUUAUUGCAUAUUAAUGGCUCCUCAAAAAAUGGUGCAAAUGGUGAAUAAUACGGUAGAAGAAGAUGGUGGUGAUGAUGAGCCAAGGAAGAACGUGGUGAGAGCCUUGCCAUUCUUUACACUGUUGAGCUAUGCUGACUUAGUGGACUGGAUUCUGAUGGGUUUGGGAACUCUAGGUUCGAUUGUGCAUGGCAUGGCUCUUCCUGUUGGGUAUCUCUUGUUGGGAAAAGCUCUUAAUGCUUUUGGGAACAAUAUUGAUGACCAAGAUGCCAUGGUCGCUGCACUUAAGAAGGUUGUUCCAUUUGUGUGGUACAUGGCAAUCGCCACAUUUCCUGCUGGGGUACUUGAGAUUGGGUGUUGGAUGUAUGCAAGUGAAAGACAGUUAUCACGCCUAAGAUUAGCAUAUCUACAAGCAGUCCUUAGCCAAGAGAUAGGGGCUUUUGAUACAGAACUAACAAGUGGCAAAGUCAUCACUGGAAUAAGCAACCACAUGAGUGUCAUACAAGAUGCCAUUGGUGAGAAGUUUGGUCACUUCACCUCUAGUUGUGCAACUUUCUUUGCUGGAAUUGUGAUUGCUGCUGUAUGCUGUUGGGAAGUGGCGCUUUUGUGUUUAGUGGUUGUCCCUCUUAUCCUUAUGAUUGGAGCAAUUUACACCAAGAAAAUGAACACCAUAUCAACCACCAAAUUGUUUUACCACUCUGAAGCCACAUCUAUGAUAGAGCAGACAAUAUCACAUAUAAAAACAGUAUAUGCUUUUGUUGGAGAGGGAAGUGCAAUCAAAUCCUUCACAGAGAACAUGGACAAACAGUACAUGAUAAGCAAAGGCGAGGCACUUGUGAAGGGAGUGGGAACAGGGAUGUUUCAAACAGUGAGUUUCUGCUCUUGGGCUAUCAUUGUAUGGGUUGGAGCUGUUGUGGUCACAGCUGGGAGAGCAAAAGGAGGAGAUAUCAUAGCUGCAGUGAUGAGUAUUCUCUUUGGUGCAAUAUCUCUCACUUAUGCAGCACCAGACAUGCAAACAUUCAAUCAAGCAAAAGCUGCAGGGUAUGAGGUUUUCCAAAUGAUCCAGAGAAAGCCACUAAUAAACAAUGAAUCAAAAGGGAACAUGCCUGAGGAAAUUAAAGGAGACAUUGAGCUAAGAGAUGUUCACUUUUCCUACCCAUCAAGGCCAGAGAAACCUAUCCUUCAAGGACUUUCCUUGACAAUUACUGCAGGAAAGACAGUGGCGCUUGUUGGUAGCAGCGGGUGUGGAAAGAGCACUGUUAUUUCCUUGGUUACCAGAUUUUAUGACCCUCUGAGAGGGGAUAUUUUUAUUGAUCGUAACAAUAUCAAGGAUCUUGAUCUCAAGUUCCUGCGAAGAAAUAUAGGGACUGUUUCCCAAGAACCAUCACUCUUCACAGGCACCAUCAAAGAUAACUUGAAAGUAGGAAAAAUGGAUGCAGAUGACGAAGAGAUACAGAAAGCAGCAGUUAUGUCAAAUGCACACAAUUUCAUAUCACAGUUGCCUAAUCAGUACCUAACAGAGGUAGGACAAAGGGGUGUCCAAUUAUCAGGGGGUCAGAAACAGAGAAUUGCAAUAGCAAGAGCCAUUCUGAAAAAUCCUCCUAUCCUUCUUCUUGAUGAGGCUACUAGUGCCCUUGAUACGGAGUCAGAAAAGCUGGUCCAAGAAGCACUUGAGACAGCUAUGCAUGGAAGGACUGUCAUCUUGAUUGCACACAGGCUCUCCACGGUUGUAAAUGCAGAUGUGAUUGCUGUAGUGGAGAAUGGACAAGUUGUAGAAACAGGAACACACCACACUUUGUUAAAUACAAGCAGAUUUUAUAGCACCUUAUUCAGGAUGCAGAACCUUGAACCAGUUCCGGAAUCCGGGACUACAAUUUCCACAAACAAAAGUGCCCGCCAAGUAGAUAUUCCUGAUGAAACUAGACCACUACCAGACACACAGAGAGAGGUCCAAAGAAAUCUCUCAGAGCAGUCUGCAAUGAAGGAACAAAGCAAUACGAGCACAAGGGAAAGGAGCAUAUUUUUCAGAAUUUGGUUUGGUUUAAAAAAGAGGGAGCUGGUGAAGAUUUCACUUGGAUCGUUUGCAGCAGCUUUCUCUGGCAUCUCAAAGCCAUUUUUUGGAUUCUACAUCAUCACCAUUGGAGUUGCAUAUUUCCAUCCAGAUGCAAAACGGAAAGUUGGAUUUUAUUCAGCCAUCUUCUCUGGAAUAGGGUUGCUUUCCUUAUUUAGCCACACCUUCCAGCAUUAUUUCUUUGGAGUUAUUGGAGAAAAGGCUAUGGCAAAUGUCAGACGUGCAUUGUAUUCAGGUGUACUCCGUAACGAAGUAGGCUGGUUUGACAAACCUGAGAACACUGUUGGUUCUCUAACUUCACGCAUUAUCAGUGAUACUUCCAUGGUCAAAGUCAUAAUUGCUGAUCGCAUGUCCGUGAUUGUGCAAUGCAUUUCCUCCAUACUGAUAGCAACAAUUGUCAGCAUGAGAGUCAACUGGAGAAUGGGUUUGGUAGCUUGGGCUGUUAUGCCCUGCCACUUCAUAGGUGGUCUCAUUCAAGGCAAGUCAGCCAAAGGAUUCUCCGGUGACUACUCUGCAGCACAUUCUGACCUUGUUGCACUUACAUCGGAGUCUGCAACCAACAUAAGGACUAUUGCAUCAUUUUGUCAUGAAGAGCAAGUACUGAAGAAAGCCAAAACAUUUCUGGAAAUUCCAAAGAAAAAGUACAGGAAUGAGAGUAUCAAGUAUGGUAUCAUUCAAGGUUUCUCCCUUUGCUUGUGGAACAUUGCACAUGCUGUUGCUUUGUGGUACACAACAGUUCUGGUUGAUAGACGUCAAGCCACCUUCGAAAAUGGAAUAAGAUCAUACCAAAUUUUUUCUCUCACAGUUCCUUCUAUCACAGAAUUGUACACACUGAUCCCAACUGUUGUCUCUGCUAUCAAUAUACUAACUCCAGCAUUCAAGACCCUUGACCGUAAAACUGAAAUUGAACCAGAUACACCAGAUGAUUCCCAACCUGAUAGAAUCCAGGGAAGUGUUGAAUUUGAAAACGUACAAUUCAACUACCCAUCAAGACCUUCAAUCACUGUUCUUGACAAUUUCAGUUUACAAAUUGAAGCUGGAUCGAAGGUAGCUUUUGUAGGACCAAGCGGUGCAGGAAAAUCUUCUGUUUUGGCCCUUCUAUUAAGAUUUUACAAUCCAGGAAUGGGAAAGGUAUUAAUUGAUGGGAAAGACAUACAGGAAUAUAAUCUAAGGUGGUUAAGGACACAAAUAGGGCUGGUACAACAAGAGCCAUUGCUUUUCAACUGCUCAAUUAGAGAAAAUAUUUGCUAUGGAAAUAAUGCGGCUUCUGAAAGUGAAAUAGUGGAGGUUGCCAGAGAAGCAAACAUACAUGAAUUUGUAAGUAAUCUACCAAACGGAUAUAACACUGUUGUUGGAGAGAAAGGCUGCCAGCUUUCAGGAGGACAAAAACAAAGAAUAGCCAUUGCCAGAACCUUACUAAAGAGGCCUGCAAUAUUACUCUUUGAUGAAGCAACAAGUGCUCUUGAUGCUGAGUCUGAAAGAACUAUAGUGAAUGCUUUAAAAGCAAUGAAUCUGAAGGAAGGGAGUGGCUUGAGCUCAAGAAUCACCCAGAUCACAGUAGCUCAUAGAUUAUCCACGGUGAUAAACUCGGAUACCAUAGUCGUCAUGGAUAAGGGUAAAAUUGUAGAGACGGGAUCCCACUCAACCCUACUAGCAUCAGAUGCAGGACUCUAUUCAAAGUUAAUCAAGAUGCAGAGCUUUGUACAAAGCUCAUGGGUUGAAUAG